AUGACGAAGCACAGCAAGAACAACACAGCGUCAUCUGUCUUCUCGUAUGCAGAGAAACAGAAAACCGAGUAUGGGAGCAAGCGGCAACGUCUCGGAAAUGAAUCAAUGCGUAACUUUGACGCCUGUGCACUCUGCCUCCAACGUGCGCGCGAGCCCGUAGCGUGCAACGAGGGCCAUCUCUUCUGCAAGGAGUGCGUGUACACUGACCUGUUGACACAGAAGAACGACAUCAAAAAGCAGAAGGCUAGAUUAGAGAAGCUCAAGCAGGAGGCGGAGGAAGAGAAGGAACGGGCAAAGGAGGAGGCAAGGGAGCGUGUGCUGCAGGAUUUUGAGAAGCGGCAGCUUGGACUUGGUACGGGUGGUACUUCGAAAGGUGCGACGCCUUCAGGUGCGGAUAAAGAAGGCGGAGAGUCUCGGGGUCUCAAGCGGAAGCUCGACUUCGGUACCUCGACGGUCGAGACGCUCACGCGGGAGGCCGAGGAGGCAGCCCUACGACAGAUAGAGAAAGAGCAAGCUGAGGCUCUCAAACACAAACUCCCUGACUUCUGGCUGCCGUCGUUGACGCCAACGUACUCCUCGAACGGGGCACCUAGCUCACUCAAGGACGUGAAGCUCCAAACAACCUGCCGAGGAGGCAACCCACCACACCCAUUAGCGCUCAAAGCGCUAUUCCCCGUGAAGUUCUCCGCGCUGACCAAUGGCUCAGUCAAGUCACCAGACGCCACUCCAUCCGAAAACGGGAAGGCGAGGCUAGAUGAAGAGCAGUUCAUAUGCACGUCGUGCAAAAGCAAUUUGACUAAUCAUAAAACGAUGUUUGUAAUGAAGCCGUGUUCACAUGUCGUUUGCAAAACGUGUACGGAUUCGCUGGUGCGACCGGCAAAGCAGUGUAUUGUCUGUGAUAUUGUAUUGAAGGAUAAGGAUAUCAUCGGCCUUAAGCGAGAAGGAACCGGGUUUGCUGGUGGAGGAAUUGCAGAAACAUCGACAAAGGGCGUCGCGUUCCAGGGCUAAUGGCACCAGCAUGUUGCGAAAG